AUGAACCAGUCAGAAAGGCCAUCAGCUGGCGCUCAUCAACGACUCGGCUUCAGGCGAAAGCGACAACAAGUCGGACGAGCCUGCGAUGGUUGUAGGCUCCAGCGGAUAAAAUGCGACGAUAGCGCCCCGUGUCUAAACUGCCGCACCCGUGGCAGAGACUGCAGCAAAAAUAGUGUAUCGCUAGUCUCAACUCUUCCUCAAGCGCAAGACGAGAUUGACAAGCUGAAGCGAAGGGUCAAAGAGUUGGAGUCUGAACUCUCACAAGCACGCAGUAACGGAACGUCGCCCAUUGUACAAGCACAAGAGCCAACGCCACCCAGUAGCUCACCCUCUCUUGCGCAACCAGUAACCCAAGAGGCCAUCAAAAUAAAAUCGUGGGAUGGCGUCUAUCUUCGGCCAGCACGGUCUCCCCAUAGUGCGUGGUUUGGACCGUCUUCACUUUACUUUUUUACACAUCGGCUCAGUACAUUUCUGAGCACCCAGGCUGAGCACAUGCUCAUUCAUCUGGCGAGUAAUCUGGAGUUACGCGAGCAGCCGACAGUAGCCCAGGAUUCUUCACGACUCCUGGCACCAUUGAAUGGGACUCACGAUGAGGCCUUUUAUUUGACACCGAUACAAGAGGAGUAUUUUCUCAGUCUCUAUUGGGAAACCUACCACACGUCGCUAUAUGCUAUAAUUAAUGAGGCGAGCUUCAAAGCACACGUUCAGUCACUAUAUGUCAAUGUACCACCAGGGCUCCCCAGAAAGCAAUCAGCACUUUUGGAUAUCAUCAUAGCUAUGUGUAUGCAGUAUCACGUCUCUUCUCGGCCAGCUGGCAAGGAAACGUGUAUUGUAGAAGACAAUGACGCUACUCUAGCUGGUAGAUGGUAUUAUAGGCGAGCCCAGACUCUCCUGGCCUGUGAGGUCGAGAGCCCCUCCCUAUCAACUCUACAAUGCCAUUUACUAUGUGGUGUAUAUGUCUGUGUCGGAUCUUUCCAUAAUAUGGCUGACAGUAUCUGUUCUCUCGCUGUCCGGACUGCCUAUAUGCUGGGUCUUCAUCUGGAACCACCAUCGACAUUGCCCUCAUGCGAGAGGGAGCUUCGAAGACGUCUAUGGUGGUCUGUCUUUGAACUAGACACUAAAGUUGGCAUCAAAGUCGGCCGCCCAUUUCUUGUCCGCACUACACACAUGAUGCCCCAAUUGCCUCGAGACAACCUUGCGGCAGCUAUUGAGUCGGGGUCGACUUUUGCUCCUAUUGGAGACAAUACUACUUGGCUAAGCUUCAGCCUACAAAGAUUCAAACUUUACCAGACUGCGCGAGAGCUCAAUCUGUCCUUCUAUGGCCACGAGCUAAAAUUGAAAGAUGGAGACUCGUUCUAUAAUGACAAUGACGCCAUGGAUGAACUUGCUGUGGGCUGGGGUCCACAAACAAGAACCUUUACCGAGUGGACUACACAGGUUCCUCAUCCUCUGAAGAACAGACGCAAGAAUGGCGUUCCGUUCUCUUGUGAUGGUUCAAUACUCGAUCUUGAACAAUAUGCACCCAUCUGGCUGCAAAGACAACGAUUAUGUCUCGAGCUGGAGUAUAAUCAUCUUUGCAUCAGCCUUCACCGUCCCUUUAUAUCAUUUUCACUCCAUCAAGGAAUUAAUACAAUCGCAAUGGCUGUCAAGUGUGCUCAGCAUGCAAUAGAGCUGACCAAUAUCACACAUCAGGCACUUACCAUGACGACUGUACUCCAUGGGUGGCACGAGGCCUUUCAGUGGCAGUGGAGUGCAGCCAUGACGCUUGUGGGAUUCGUAAUGGCAAAUACACAACAUCCUCUUGCGCCAACUGCCCGCAGAUCUAUACAAUUGGCUGUUUCUGUGCUUGAUACCUUUGCGCCAAGUUUUGACGCUGCGGCAAAAGCAGCCAUUAUUGUCCGGACAUUACACACAAACAUUGAAUCUGUUAUGACACAGUUCGAAGCGCAAACAGACAACUUUUCGGGGUCAGUUAAUGAGAAUCCUUUGCUGAACCGAGCCAUCCCUUCACAGGAGGACGUUGAUCAAGAUGUUCCGAAUCAUUUUGAUGGUGUUGAAAAUGAUUUCGACCUAUUAGACAUGACCAUGAACGUUGAUUUUUGGGCUGAACUAGACAUGCUUUUGCCUGGAAACACUAUCACAUCAUCACAGUCAUGA